CCAAACAUUCAGUUUUCAAGUUUCUAAUCUUAAGGGCCAAUUUAAGAAAGAGUUAAGCUUUAUUCUCAAUAGAUAUCUUAUAAUUUUGAAAAAUAUAAUUUCAAUAAAUAAGGAAAGCCUAUUUGGUAGAGUAUGAUCAUCUUGCAAAUUGCAAGACAGAACGCUGAAAACGAAACCGGAAAUUGCAUGUGGGUGGAUGAAUCGGAUGAGCCGAGCCGCCUCUGGAGAUCUCAGAUCUAGAUCUAGUCGCUCAGUAUUGUAUUUCCAUUGAUGAUACCAGAGACCUAGCAACGUCUACGAUGAUAUUCUAAUAGUUAUACGCCUAUACAAAUCAUGUUGCAGUUGCAUUAUGUUUGAACCCAAAAGCGCCUUGCCAUGGACUGGGUCCAUGAAUGAGUCCGUGCCAGGCCAGAGGUCUAUCAGAGACUUGAGAGACUUGUUUCGAGUAAAAGAGUGCAGUGUUUGAGUGUUCACGAUUGCCUUAAAAAAAAAAUUUAAAAAUAGCCUCCUAGGCCUACCGCCUACAGUCCAGAGUACUAGAUCUGUCUAAGGUUAAGAACAACAACUGCAGUAGGUGAGUAGGCCUACAAUUACAGCCACAAUGUAGUGAACUGAAGACUGAAGCCGACCCUACCCUACUCGCUGCUGUAACAUCAUAUAUACACUGUGGUCUGAAUACAAAACAACACACUGUGUAGUACUGUACAGCACUGCUACUCUUCCAUCCGUUCAUGAUUUUAGAAAAGAUCAUUCUCAUUAGUCAUGACUCUGGUGAUCAGAAAUCUGCAACAGGCUGUGAAGGUCAACAUUUUCCAGUUGCAUUUUGACUCUUGCCUAAUUCGAAAGCUCGCAGGGUAUGAACGUUUUGGUUUUGGAGUGAUGUUGACAUCUGAUGAAGAGAUUCGACUGCUGAAUGAACAAUACCGAGGCGAAAAUGAUGUGACAGAUGUUCUAGCAUUUCCUUAUCACGAGAUAUCUCCGGACAAUGCUGGAUGCGUCCCAGAAACUUGUGAAGAUGAAAUGAUUCUGGGGGAUAUAGUUUUGGGACUACCAUACAUUGCCUGUCAAGCUCAGAAGAACAAGGAACAUUUUGAUAGUUCCGUGAUGACCAUGAUAACUCAUGGAUUGUGCCAUCUUGUGGGAUUUGACCAUGAGACACAUGAACAGUGGACUAAGAUGUGGCAGAGAGAGAUGGACAUUUUGACCAAAUUCAACAAAGUCACUGGCUACAGAUGCUCACCUCUACUUGCUGUUGGACACUUCUCAGAGGAGUACUAGAUAACUCUAUGAAUGUAUCACAAUGCCGUUGAAUCAGGAUCUCGUCAAUGUUGGGGCACAUGGAGUUAUUGAUACAGUGGGUGUCGCAUUCA